AUGUCUUCGACAACGACUGUCGACCUGGAGCGUGCCAAGGAGAGCAACACUGCGAUGAUCCUGGCCGUGACGGGUACUUUCCACGCACUCGCUCUUCUCUUUGUCGCACUCCGCACAUACACACGCGCCAUCAUCGUUAAGACGAUUGGGUUCGACGACUACAUGAUGAUCCUGUCUGCGGUAUGGCUUCUUCAACAGGUCAAAGCAUUAGACCGAUGCUGA